UAGCGGUCCGAAAACGAUUAUUGUCGGCCAAACGACGCCUUCGUAAAUGGCAUGACGAAUUAUUUAUGGUAAAAGGAUUACUGAUAACGCGGCUCACUGCUCCACCGCCGAACACUGAUGAUAACGGGUUCACAGACAUUGGGCAUCGUACCGUGUGAUUGUUACUUGUUAGGGCUUUACGAACUUAUUUGUCGCUUUUCAACCAAAACGCCAGAAAUAAAUUCACAAACACACCUGUCUCAUUGGAUUCUCACGUUUAUGACAUUCGUUUCGAACGCGUACUACUUUACGUUUGUUUACAUUUUUUUUUCCAACGUUAAUAGUGCAUUCACGAUGUAUUUCCAUUGACUGUCAGUAAUGUGCCGACACUCUAGUGACGUCUUACACUUAGGCUGUGGUUAAUGUUGGUCGUGUCUCAAGGUACGAACAAGCUAUGACCAUGUUCUCUUGGAUACGCAACAGGAGGCAAUUGACUAGACUUGUAGCGUGUGUGCUGAUUUGGUUUUUAUGAACAGACAAAAUAUAAUGUUUUGCUAGCUUGUCUUCCUAUCGUUCUUACCUCAGUGUGCAAAAUAUUAUAAUCCAUGUCAAAAAAAGGGAAUUCACAGGCUCCACAAUCCAGUAGCCAAGGCAUAGAUCAGUAUGGGUUCGAAGACGAUGGACCGCCAGAUACUGUCGAUUGCCUGGGUGCAAGAGACAGCAGGACGAUACACGUCAACUCAAUUCAAAACUUCAAGCACUGUUCGAACUGUAUAUCUACGGCCAAGUACAGUAUAUUGUCGUUCUUGCCCAUAUUCCUCUUCGAACAGUUCCGGCGUUAUUCAAACUGCUUUUUCCUGCUUAUAGCACUCUUGCAGCAAAUACCGGAAGUGUCUCCCACUGGUCGGUUCACAACGUUAGUACCAUUAUGUUUUAUUCUUUUAGUCUCGGCACUUAAAGAAAUUGUUGAAGACUUUAAAAGACAUAGAGCGGACCGUGAAAUCAAUCAUCGAAAAGUUGAAGUCUUAAAUAACGGUAUUUGGACGCCACAACGAUGGGAUCUCAUAAAUGUAGGUGACAUUGUUAGAGUGCAAAACAAUACGUUCUUCCCUGCCGAUCUUCUUAUACUUUCUUCCAGCGAACCACAAAGUAUGUGUUAUAUCGAAACAAUGAACCUAGAUGGCGAAACAAAUUUAAAAAUACGACAAGGUCUUCCAGAAACAUCGCGUUAUGUCGAUGCAAAUGAUCUCAUGCGCUUUAAAGGAGUAAUUGAGUGUGAGCUUCCAAAUCGGUUAAUCUACGAUUUUGCUGGCAGCUUAAAAUUAGUGGAUAGAGUUCCGCUGUCUUUGGGUCCAAACCAUCUUCUGUUGCGAGGUGCCAUGUUGCGUAACACAGCUUGGGUGUGUUGUGUUGUUAUAUAUACUGGUCACGAGACAAAGCUCAUGAUGAAUCAGACUUCAGCUCCUUUGAAAAGAUCAACAGUAGACAAAAUUGUUAACACCCAAAUUAUAAUGCUUUUCUUGUUGCUGUGUACAUUGUGUUUAAUAAGCGCAUUUUGCAACAUUAUUUGGACCAAACAAAAGGGAUCAAAAGACUGGUAUUUACAAGUAGAUGAAUUUGUCACAUUCAAAUUUGCAUUUAAUUUACUCACAUUCUUUAUAUUAUUUAACAAUUUAAUUCCUAUUUCGUUGCAAGUAACUGUUGAGGUUGUACGUUUUAUGCAAGCAUUGUUUAUCAAUAACGAUAUUGAAAUGUAUCACGAAGAAAGUAAUACACCAGCUAUGGCACGAACUUCAAAUUUAAAUGAAGAAUUGGGCAUGGUUAAAUAUAUUUUUUCUGAUAAGACUGGUACAUUAACAAGAAACGUCAUGGAAUUUAAACAUUGUUCAAUAGCUGGAGUACUUUACUUAGAAGGUUCACAAGAGACCUUAAUAAAUAACUCAAAAAACCACCCAACGCGAGAUUAUGUUUUAGAAUUUUUAAGAAUGAUGUCUGUUUGUCAUACGGUUAUUCCAGAAAAGAUUAAAGAUUCCGAUGAAAUUUUAUACCAUGCUUCAUCUCCAGAUGAGCAAGCACUGUUAAAAGGAUGUCAAUUGUUUGGUUAUGUGUUCCAUACUCGUACUCCAAGAUCGGUCACUGUUUCAGCUUUGGGUAUCAAUGAAGAAUAUGAAGUGUUGACUGUCAUAGAGUUUACCAGCGCUAGAAAGAGAAUGUCUGUGAUAGUGCGUGCACCUGAUAAAAAGAUUUAUCUUUAUUGUAAAGGUGCAGAUACUGUUAUUUUCGAACGUCUUUCAAGAGUAGGUGAAGAGUAUAAAGACAUAACAUUGAAGCAUCUUGAAGAGUUUGCAAAUAAUGGUUAUCGUACAUUGUGUUUUGCUUAUGCCGAGAUUUCGGAGCACACUUAUCGGGAUUGGAAUGAAGAAUUUUUGAAAGCUGGUAAUGUUUUGACCAAUCGUGAGGGUGCUAUUGAUGAGGUUGCCAAGUUAAUUGAAGUAAAUCUCAUUCUUCUUGGGGCAACAGCCGUUGAAGACAAAUUACAAGAUCAAGUACCAGAAACUAUUGCAGCUUUGAUAAAAGCAGAUAUUAACGUUUGGGUAUUGACUGGAGAUAAACAAGAAACUGCUAUUAAUAUUGGAUACUCGACAAAUCUGAUUACACAAGGAACUCCUUUAAUUAUACUCAAUGAGCCUACAUUGGACGAACUUAGAGAAUCAUUACGACAGCACAUGAGUGAACGGGGACCAGCUGUAGGAAAGCCUGAUAAUCCUUUAACGCUGGUAAUUGAUGGCCAAUCAUUGAAACAUGCACUGUCUCAUGAUCUUAAAAUGGAUUUCUUAGAACUAUGCAUGAGUUGCAAGUCUGUUAUAUGCUGCCGUGUAUCACCUAUGCAAAAAGCCGAAGUUGUAGAAUUAGUAACGCUGAAUACACGUCAAGUGACAUUAGCUAUUGGCGAUGGUGCAAAUGAUGUCGCAAUGAUACAAAAAGCACAUGUUGGCGUUGGUAUAUCGGGUGUUGAAGGAUUACAGGCUGCUUGUGCAUCUGAUUAUUCUAUAGCCCAAUUUAAGUUCCUGUUGAAAUUGUUAUUUGUCCACGGUGCUUGGAAUUAUAAUAGAAUGUCAAAGUUGAUUUUGUAUAGUUUUUACAAAAAUAUAUGCUUGUACAUCAUUGAACUAUGGUUUGCAAUUUAUUCUGGGUGGUCUGGUCAAAUCAUUUUUGAAAGAUGGACAAUUGGAUUAUAUAAUGUUCUGUUUACUGCUGCUCCACCCUUGGUAAUUGGUAUAUUUGACAUUGUGUGCACUGCAAACACAAGGCUCAAGUUUCCUCAGCUCUAUUCACAGACUUUGGAUACAUUUAAUGUACGGAUAUUUUGGAUAUGGGUGAUAAACGCUAUACUUCAUUCAUUUCUCUUGUUCUGGAUUUGUAUGUUUGCAUUGAAACACGAAGUUGUUUGGUCUAAUGGAAAAGAAGGCGGUUACUUACUCAUGGGAAAUUUUAUAUACACAUAUGUAGUCAUUGUUGUGUGUCUUAAAGCUGGCCUUCACAUACAAUCAUGGUCUUAUAUUGUACAUACAGCCAUAUGGGGUUCAAUUGUUGCAUGGUUUGUGUUUCUAGUCAUUUACAGUCACGUAUGGCAGGUAUUCCCUAUUGGUUCUGUGUUUACUGGCAUGGAUGUUAUGGUAUUCACAUCACCAAUUUUCUGGAUUUUAAUGCUGUUUUCAGUAACUGUUGUUAUGGGAUUGGAUUUAGCAGCUUUAUCAAUUCAAACAACUACUAAAAAAACUCUGGUCCAAACAUUAAGGGAAAACGAAUUACGAAAACCAGACACAAAUAAUGUUGUUAAUCCAAGACAUAGAACAAACGAAAAGGCACGUCUCCUUGAGAACGUAAAAAAUGUUUUCAAUUUCAAAUCUCGAUUACAAUCGACCACGGAAGUUGAAAUGAACCAUGGUUUUGCUUUUUCACAAGAAGAAGGAGGCGCCGUCAGUCAGUCAGAUAUGAUACGCGUGUACAACACGUGCUCGCCAACUCCAGAAGUCGUAUAAAUGCGUGCGAACUGCCGCUAAACCAUUGUUAGUAAUAAUAAUCUUAAACAUAUAAUAUCGCGUGUCAAGCACUUUUUUUAAUUUUACAAUCUGUUAGCUGGUCACUCAUAUUAUUAUUUUUAUUGUUGUUAAUUUUAUUAUUGUCUCUAUAAUUUUUGUUAUGAUGUUACUAUGAUUAUUUUUAUUAUUAUUAUCAUCAUCAUUAUCAUUUCCAUCAUCAAUCAUCGUCAUCAUCAUGAAUGUAUUUUGUCUUUGUGCUCACCAUAAUAGUGUUAUUUUAAUGUUAAGUACAUCAAAAUAUCUGCUUGAAAAUUUCAUCGAUUCAUACUUGUUGAAAUUUGCUUACUACAUUGAAUCUCGGCUGUUCACUGAAUAAAUGAAAAACAAAGAUAGUAUAUACUACACUAUAUAAAGACUUACAAAAUUAAUUAUUAACUUAUGUGAAUAAAAAUUACUUAUAGUUUAUAAACUAUUGGUACAAAAAGGAGAAACAGUUAAUAGUGAAUGCGCGCCCCACCAUAUUUCGACUUAUAAAUCACAUAAUAAUAUAUUUUAUACUAUUUAUGAUUGUUAGCUAAUCGUGACUAUAUCGGGAAAACAAUUAUAUUAAUUCUGAUGAUUUUUUUUUUAUCUAGUGUAGUACAUACAGAACUUUGUUAGUUAUACAUUUAUAUUCACAGAAGACCUAAUUACUAGUCGAAGUUUUUUUUUUUGUAGGGUACAUGGCGAACACAGUACUUAACUAGUAGUCUGUAAACCUAUUAUAUUGUGGACUGCACACUUUUUCGUAUUAAGUACCUAUAUCUAAAAAACAUGUAGUGUUUUUUAUUAGAUUGAACUUCCAUACUAAAGGCUAAAUUAUCGUGGAAAAAUCUACGAGUUUUUAUUUCUAUAUUUUAGAUUAAUUUUUAAUAAAAUAAUAAUUAAGUUGAAAUUACUUACAUUAAUUACGUAUUAUAUAGGCCACAGCAUACAUUUAAUUAAAAUGUAUAUUAAUGUUUACAUUAUUACCUAUUUAAAUUAUUAUUUCAUGGUAUUUUAUCUAGAAAUAGUUUUAUGUCUUCCACAUUCACUUGAAGCUCGCAAUAACUAAUGUGUACAGAUGUGUGUGUGGUUCAUGAUAAAAUAGGUUUUUGAAUGAAAAAAAAUAUAAUAUUAACGUUAUUCGUAUUUCGUGUAUAAUAUAUGUAUUAAACGAGACAGCUCGACCAUGUCAAACAUUUUUAUAUAUUGUGGAUAUCGUUUUCUUGCUUUCUAUAUAGCUGCUAAAAUAAUGAGAUAUUUACGAAAAAUGUAAUACAUCCAAUGCAUACAACACUUUUUAAGACGACACCCGUUGUUCUUUUUUUUAUAGCCGAGCUCAUUACUUAAGCAUUUUUUACAGUUGCGUGCACCUACCUAUGUGCGUUAGAGUGACCAGCUGACAGUUUAUCGGGACAAAUAUUUUUGUUUCUUUCCGAUUUUUCUCCGAUCACAUUUCUGUUAAUUAUAAUGUAUUAAGUCUAGUUUAUAAUUUAUGAUGUCAGUUUUAAUUUGAUUUAAUUAUCGUUAUUAUUAUUAUUAUUAUUAUUAUUA